AUUCUCUUUAUAAUCAUUAUCACCAAAAACACUUUCUUAUUCUGCCUUUAGUUAUUACCAUGGCUUUGGGUUUUGUUUUGAUCAUAAUCUUAAAAGGGUGGCAGAAGCAAAACAGCAAGACUUCAUCUAUUCCUGUGGUUCCUGGACUACCGUUGAUUGGGAAUCUACUGCAACUCAAGGAUAAGAAACCACACCAAACUUUCACAAAGUGGGCUGAAGUCUACGGACCUAUAUACUCUAUAAAGACAGGAGCUUCUACUAUUGUAGUCCUCAAUAAUAGUCAUGUAGCCAAAGAGGCUAUGGUGACUAAACACUCAUCCAUUUCGACGAGGAAGCUUUCAAAUGCGUUGAAGAUACUUACAGCUGAUAAAACUAUGGUUGCCACAAGUGACUACGAUGAAUUCCACAAGAUGGCUAAACGACACAUACUCAAUGGCAUGUUGGGAGCCAAUGCACAGAAAAAACAUCGUGGGCACAGAGACAAUAUGAUAGAUACUGUAGUGCGUCGCUUACAUACUCAUGCGAAAGAAAAUCCUCUUGAGCCUGUAAACCUCAGAGAGAUAUUCCAAGAUGAAAUCUUUGGUUUAGCUAUGAAACAAGCUUUGGGAAAGGAUGUCGAGUCUCCAAUAUAUGUCAAAGGACUUGGGAAAACUUUGUCAAGAGACGAGAUUUUUCAAGUUUUAGUGGUGGAUCCAAUGAUGGGAGCAAUUGAGGUGGAUUGGAGAGAUUUCUUCCCAUACCUGAGAUGGGUUCCAAAUAAAAGUGCCGAAAUGAACAUCCGGCGUAUGGAGAUGCGCAGACGAGAAGUGAUGAAAACCCUUAUUGAGGAGCAAAAGAACAGAAUCUCUUCAGGAGAGGAAAUAAAUUGUUAUCUGGACUUCUUAUUAUCCCAAGGGAACGCUCUUACAGAGACGCAACUGAUGAUGUUGGUUUGGGAAACAAUUAUUGAGGCUUCUGAUACAACUUUAGUCACAACAGAAUGGGCCAUGUACGAGCUUGCAAAAAGUUCAAAUUAUCAGGAUCGCCUCUACGAUGAAAUCCAAAAGGUUUGCGGAAACAGCAAGUACACGGAGGAGCAUUUUAAUGAGCUCGCUUACCUAAGUGCUGUUUUUCAUGAAACUUUGAGAAGGCAUUCACCUGUUCCGGUCAUUCCUUUGAGAUAUGUACAUGAAGAUACUCAACUAGGAGGAUAUGACAUUCCUGCUGGAACUGAGAUUGCCAUCAACAUCUACGGGUGUAAUAUGGACAAGAACCAAUGGGAUUCACCGGAAGAAUGGAAACCCGAGAGGUUUUUAGAUAACAAGUAUGACCCCAUGGAUCUUUACAAGACGAUGGCAUUUGGAGGAGGAAAGAGAGUCUGUGCAGGAUCUUUGCAGGCAUUGUCGCUUUCUUGUGCUGCUAUUGCUAGAUUUAUUCAAGAGUUCAAAUGGAGUUUGAAACAAGGACAGGAAGAAGAUGUCAGUACAGUUAGUCUCACUACUCAGAAGCUCAAUCCUGUGCUAGCAUUCAUAGCUCCAAGAGGUUGACGAAGCUGAGAUUAACCGUAAACUUUUCUCCCUAGAGAGUUUGCAAAUAGUAGUCCUAUGUUAUCUAUCAUAUGUAUGGUUAGAUGCUGUUUUGUACACAAAAACAGAACAAUAAGGUCAUGCAUGUUAAUGGUACAAUUCCAAAUAGUUUCCGUUUUGCCAA